AUGUGCAUCUCUUCCCGUUUAAAAUCAUCGCUGCCCAUCGCUGGGACUGUCAUUCCACGGCCGGUAGCAGCGGGCGAAGGUCCCAGCGAUGUCAUAGACCUUACUUCAGCCAACUUUGGCGCUGAGACGCAGAAGGCUGGCCUUUUACUGGUCCAGUUCUUUGCGCCGUGGUGUGGCCAUUGUAAAGCGCUCGCUCCUCACUACGAGGAAGCUGCAACAGCUUUAAAGGAGAAGAACAUCACGUUGGCGAAGGUCGAUUGCGUUGAUCAGGCGGACCUUUGCUCAGAAAAUGAUAUACAAGGUUACCCAACGCUGAAGAUCUACAGAAAGGGGAAACCGACAGCAUAUAGAGGGUCUCGCGAAGCCGAUAGCAUCAUCAGUUACAUGACCAAACAAUCUCUCCCGGCCGUCUCGACUGUUGCCUCUGAGAAUCUCGAAGAAUUCAAGGUCGCUGAUAAGGUCGUUGUGCUUGCGUAUGCCACUUCUACCAAAGAAGCCCCCAUUCCUGCCUUCUCUUCCGUUGCUGAGGCCUACCGUGACGAUUACUUGUUCGGUUUAACAACCGAUGAGGCGGCCAUCAAAGCGGCUGGCGUCACCCCACCUGCUAUCGUUCUUUACAAAAAGUUUGAUGAGGGUCGCAACGACUUCCCUUCCGAGAAAAUCGCUUCCGCCGACGUCGCCUCUCUAGCCGAUUGGAUCAGAUCCAAUGCUAUUCCUCAUUGA